AUGUCGACCGAAUCAGCCGCCAAGCGCAUCAAGACCAACCCCUCGUCGCCGCUCAUCGGCACGCACAAUGGGCACUUUCAUGCCGAUGAGGCGCUGGCAGUUCACAUGCUUCGCCUGCUGCCCACAUACUCUACCUCGCCGCUCGUCCGCACGCGCGACCCCAAAGUCCUGGAGACGUGCCACACGGUAGUAGACGUCGGCGGCGAAUACGACGCCCAGAAGAACCGCUACGAUCAUCACCAGAGGGGGUUCGGCACCACUUUCCCCGGUCGCCCAACGAAGCUGAGCAGUGCCGGCCUGGUCUUUAUGCACUUUGGCAAGGCCAUCAUCGCGCAGAAGCUCGGGCUCCCGGCGAACGAGGCGAGCAAGGACGUUGACCUGCUGUACAGCAAGCUGUACGAGAACUUUGUCGAGGCGCUGGACGCCCACGACAACGGCAUCUCCGUGUACGACCCCGCCGCCAUCGCCGCCGCUGGGCUGGAGAAGAGGUUCUCGGACGGAGGCUUCGGUCUCGGUGCCAUGGUCGGCCGUCUCAACCCCAACUGGAACGAUCCCAAGCCCCAGGACCCGAGCGAGGCGCAGGCGGCUGAGGAUGACAAGUUCCUGGUCGCCAGCCAGCGCAUCGGCGAGGAGUUUGAGCGGGACCUCGACUACUACGCCAACGUCUGGCUCCCCGCGCGCGCCGUGGUGCAGAAGGCAUUUGACCGCAAGUCAGAGUUUGACGCGCAGGGUCGCGUCCUCGUCUUUGACGGCCAGAGCGUGCCCUGGAAGGACCACCUCUACUCCCUUGAGGACGGCAACCCUUCUACUCUCUACGUAUUGUACCCUGAGAGCCCGGCCCCAGGUGCCAAGUGGAGGAUUCAGUGUGUGCCUGAGAGCAAGGACUCGUUUGUGAGCCGCAAGCCCCUGCCCGAGGCGUGGAGGGGCUUCCGGGAUGCGGAGCUGGAUGGCAUUGCCGGCAUUGAGGGCUGCGUCUUCGUUCAUGCGGCUGGUUUCAUCGGAGGCAACAAGACCUUUGAGGGCGCCAAGGCGAUGGCCGAGAAGGCUCUUCAGGGUUAG